AUGUGCACCAACACCCUAGACACGACUGAGAAAGGGCUGGUUACCCCAAGCCAGCCUCGUGACCCGAAGACACCCCUACGCCUUGGCGAUAUCGUCACCAAUUUAAGAGAUCCGGUAGUCGAUUUCACGGUUCUCAACACAGAGGUCUGGGUCCCCAUACCGGAGAAAAACAUUCGCACAACCAUCCAAGAGGAGUUUUACCCAAAGCUCAGGAAUCCUAAAGAGACCAAGGUCGUCCAUUUCGCCAGAAUCAGGGGCCUGGAAGUCCAGAAUAUCGAUGGCAUACCUAAAAGCGAGUUGAAAAUGCUUGUGACCCAAGUUCUUAGUCGUCCAAAAGGAUACCUCGAUAGCAGCAUGAAUCCGGAGUCAGUCAGAGCUUGGAGCGAGAACAAUGACGAUUGCUCUUUGCGUCUCAUCACAGGUCUCAAGACGAUUCGAGAACCUCCACCUCCAGCCCCAAUCGCUGAGUCUAUAAAACUGGAAGAAGAACUUGGCGAGAUCGACUCGGUUCCCGAUCAGGCAAAAACUGGCAACCAAGGGCAGAGUGCCGCUGAACAUGAGUUGGAGCACGUUGACUCCUCUGACCGUCUCCUUGCGUACCAAUUUUCGGGAAUAAGUCAGAAGCGGAAUAAAAAGACGAGAGUGGAAGAGGAAAGCAAUGGUCCACAAACGCAAGCUGGACUUGUUGAGCCUCAACAUACUUCUGGCGAAGAACGUCCCUCAUUUUUCGUUGAUCACCCGAUGGUUAAUGAGGAUUGGGAGUAUGCUUUGUGUUAUGUAACCGACGACGUCCCAACUCCUCUCCCAUCAGAACACCCCUGUUUGCCGUAUUUCGAUAUCGGCCACUAUAGCUAUUCCAAUGACCAGACGUCUCGCGACACUGCCCUCGCUCCUCUGUACGCCAAGAACGGGUUGCGCAUCCUUGGUCUCUAUGCGUUUGGGGACCGUGACCCGCCUCAGAAGGUUGUUGCCUUGCGAUGCUUGAACAACAUUCUCGUUCGUUCUGUAUCGACAAGGCAGGUUUUUAUUAAUGAGGGAUACCCAAGUAAGGUGCUUUCUUCAAUGAAGAAUGGCGACCCCAAUGAAGAGCUUGCAACUGCCAAUCUAUUUCUCUUUUGCGCAUCUCAACCCACCUUUGACCUCACGUCAAGCUUUGAAGAUGAAGGUCUCGCCGAGAUCGUCAACAAGAACAUAGCCCGUCAUGCGCAAUCCUCAGAACCUCUCCCGAACGAUCCUGCUAAUCCAGCUCUGGCAAGUCUAAGGCUUCUCUCCACCUUGGCUGUGCGGGCCGAGUCACAGGCACAUCGAUUCCUGCCUUCACUUGAACCAAUUUUGGACCUUUUGAGCAAAGUCCCCGCGACCGUCUCACACGCUGACCUCCCAGCUUCAUCCUUGAUUUCUUGCCUGGUUUCCAUACCGAUAGACCAAAGGGAGGAAUUCCCUGUUUCUGCAGUCGACAAGUUGGUGAAUCUCCUCCAGGAAGCAAUUCCCAAAGCAGAUGGGUCUUCAAAGGCUGCGGAUAAAGAGCUACUCCCUCUUUUGGUGGUCCUGCAUCGCCUCGCACAAUCCAAACCAUCUGAUGCUCGGAAACGACUCGCUGAACACAUUCUGCCAUCUGAUGAAGAUCGAACCGAGGCCUUGGGCAAGGGCGAAUCUCUGCCGCACAGGCUGCUCAAGCUUACUUCCACAACCGUGGAACCUGAGCUGCGAGAGAUGAUUGUCAACCUCUUCUUUGAGAUUUCUGACAAAGACCCAAACAAGUUUGUGCAUCAUGUCGGCUUCGGACACGCCGCAGGCCUCCUUUCUUCCAAGGGCAUCCAGUUUUCGCCUGAGGGCCUCGCACAAGCCCAGGCAAGCAGCGCUGCUCCGGAUAUCAACCCCAUCACAGGUCAACAGCGUAGUGCAGAGGCUGUAUCCGACUUGCCCGAGAUGACAGAGGAAGAGAAGGAGAGAGAAGCCGAGAGACUCUUUGUUUUGUUCGAGAGACUGAGGGCCAAUGGUGUGAUUUCCGUCGAAAAUCCUGUUACUCAAUAUCGGGACUCAGGUCGUUUUGAAGAGCUCCCCGACGAUGCGUCUGAUUAA